AUGCAAUAAUUAUAAAACUCAGUUCUUGAUAAAGACAUGCUUUUAUAAACUGAUGGUUCUCUCUAUCUAGGAACCAUUAUUAGAUCUAAUCUCUAAGGCUUUGGUUUACUCAUAAACCCUGAUGGAUGUAAAUACAAAACCCAAUAAUCUUAGCUUAUUAUUAUGGGGAAUUCAAAGACUCUAACCCUAUUAAUAUAGGAAUCUAUAAGUUAUAAAAUUCUUGUAUUAAACUACAUUUUGAUGGCUCCUCCAAUUUGAUUGACUCUGAGAACAUUCAUAAUAAAAGUUUUCUAUAUAAAGUAAUCCCUUUUAAAAAUAAUUCCUAUGGAGACAGAAUCUUAAUUAAAAGAUAUACUAAUAUGAUAAUGUAUGGACUUACAAAAAAAGGACAAUAUCAUGGAUUUUGUGUUUAGCAUUAUAAAAAUGGAGAUACAUUCUAUGGAUAAAUUAUCAAAGGCAAGAAAGAAGGUGAUGCUAUUGAAUUCAAAAAUAAUAAAUAAUAAUGGUUCUGGUUGAUCUAUAAAGAUGAUAUUAUUUAAUAAUAGAAAUUUUAUGGUGAUAAUUUUGUUCCAAGAGAACUUAUUAGUAAUUAUAUCAAUAAUACUAUUUUAGUUGAAUUAUUUAGUUCCAUACAUCUAAAAUUACCAAAUUAAUCCAAAGCUGUAUCAUUAGCUAAUAUUCAAUUUAGCAUCAAUAAUACACUAUUAGACAUGAAUCUAGACAACUCAAUUAAUAAAAAUCUUUAAUAUAUUGAAAAUGAAAAACCUCGACAGUUUUAAAAUUUGGUUGAUGAAGAAUAAAUUGAAUUUGAAGAUAACUUAUAAUACAAAGAACUUUAAGAUUUUAGCAAUGAUAAUCUCAACAAUUUAACUAAAACAGAAGUUGAAUAAACUAAAAUUAGAAUUGGCAGAAGCUCAAGCUGUUUAGUUGGCUCCUCUUUAAAUCCUUCUUCUACAUCCAACAUUAGAGACAUUAGAGACAUGGUCAAAACUAAAAUCAUAAUUAAAAGAUCCACUUCUCCUGUAUUAACCACAAUAAGACCUUUAUUUUCUGUGAUAAGAGUUUGA